GGCAUCUCUAGGUAAUUGAUGCCAAAAGCUACCGAACCCUGUCUGUGCCUCACUAUAUAUAAAUGCAUGAUCUCACGCUUUUGGUGCGCCCUCGUGUUCUCCUUUCGUAAACCACACUCGCCUUGACGUCCUAGCUCUGAUUCUCUUCGAUUCGGGGUUAAGAUGACUUCUGUCGGAGUUCCCUCCCAAUCCAUGGUCAAAGCCCCUCUGCAAAACCGAUUAACCAGCAGUUUUGUAAGAAGCCCAUCAUCUCUGGGGUCUGUACGGAGCAUCUCGAAGUCUUUUGGCUUGAAAUGUUCCUCCAACUUCAAAGCAUCAAUGGCUGUUGUGCACAAGGUUAAACUGGUUGGACCAGAAGGUGAAGUGACUGAGUUUGAUGCCCCUGAUGACACCUACAUCCUUGAUUCGGCUGAGAAUGCAGGCAUUGACUUGCCGUAUUCUUGCAGGGCUGGGGCUUGCUCUACCUGUGCUGGGAAGUUGGAAUUAGGAGAAGUUGACCAAUCUGAUGGUUCCUUCCUGGAUGAGGACCAAAUGGGCAAGGGUUAUGUGCUGACUUGCAUUGCAUAUCCUCAAUCAGACGUCGUGAUUCACACCCACAAAGAGUCUGAACUCUACUGAGUUGGUGGUGUUCUCAGCAAUUUCUGAAUUUUGUUCUCUCUAGAAUUGUCAUAAGUUACUGUUAAUGAUAUUAGAGCCUCCCCUUGGACUUGUGGGGUUCUUACUGAUAUUGUUUGUUGGAUUGUCGACUCAUUAAGACAAGGCUGUUGCGUGUGUUGCUUAGCUUGUUAAUCAAAUUUUUGUGAAAAGUCAGAUUCUUGCAAGA